AUGCUGAAGAUGCUGCAACAUGACUGGGGCAUGGAUGAAAACUUGGCAAAGAUAUUUUACACGUAUUUUGGCGGUGACAUCUACACCACCAAGCAGGCUUUGGAUAGCCUCGUAGAGAAGAAGGAUAACUUCAACCCAUUUGCAGUUGUGGACUGCCCUGGCUUACCAUCCUGUGUGGAAGAUCCGGAGGCGAGGGCGCACCUCGAGAACAUGGCGAAACAAGGCUUUUCGCCCGUGCGAAAUGUCAAGACAGACAAGGGUGCGAGGAUGAUAGCGGAGGAGAAUGUCGGGGGUGUGAUUAAGGAGGGUGCCAUCACCUUCGGUUUGCCCGACAUCUUCACAAACACGUCCUGUGAGUGGGCAGUCAUUCCGUCUUCCUACCACAUGCGCCUCAAGAUUGCCGACAAGCUCAAGAACAUCUUUCCAUCAGGACGGCCGGGGGCAAGCCGACUUGGAGCUCUUCUCAUUUGA